AUCCACACAUCCACCAAGGAUCGGAUUGUGCAUCCCUAGCUGCAGUUUUGUGCUUGUGACUCAUUUAUAUACUCUUUGUUGUGACUUGUGAACCAAUUGUGAACUUGUGAUUGCUUAUUGCUUGUGAUUGGUAUCGUAUCGUUCUAGGUGAUAGUCAACUUUAUGUGUGUUUAUUAUCUAUGAUAUUUGGUCUAUUUGACGUUGCUUAUGUAGUGCUAAUUUUAAUUUAAAUUUUAAAUUUCUUCAAUUAUAAAGUUGUAUGAAAUUUGUUAUAAAAUGAUUGAUAAAGUGAUAAAAAAGAUUAUACCCUCGGAACCCUCUGCACUGGGAAAAUUAUACCUCUUGUCCUAUAAUAUUAUUCAAACUAUAGGUUGGUUUUAUUUAUUAUGGGAGUCAGCAGUUCAUUUUUUAAACCGUGGAACACUUGCAACAUAUUGGGGUGAAGUAAAAUGGACUAUUAUUAUAUUUCAAAAUGCUGCAAUUUUAGAGGUAGUGCACGCGGCUUUGAGGUUGGUGCCGUCAGGUGUGAUGGUGGUCCUGAUGCAGGUGUAUUCUCGUGUGUUCCUCGUGUGCGGCGUAUUGUUGACAACACAGGGCGCCCCCGCCAGCCCCGGUUUGCCGCUCUGUGUGCUCGCCUGGUCCAUCACUGAGAUCGUACGAUACGGAUACUAUGCACUCAACUUGACUAAUUCCGUGCCACAAUCUCUGCUCUUUUUAAGAUAUUCGACUUUCCUUGUAUUGUAUCCACUUGGGAUAACGGGGGAACUGCUGUGUAUGUAUCAUGCUCUCGAUGAAAUUGCUUCCCAUAAGUUAUUUACAGUUCUAAUGCCAAAUAAAUGGAACUUCAUAUUUAAUUAUUAUUACUUUUUAAUAUUCUAUAUGCUUUUGUAUAUUCCAUUAUUCCCUGUCUUAUUUGGACAUAUGUUAAAGCAGAGAAAUAAAAUGCUAAGUAAAGAUGUUAAAAAGCAAAUAUAAGCUUAAAUAAUUUUCUUAGACAAAUUAAAUAUUUUUGGUAAUUUAUUUCUAUUUAUAGUUUUUAUUUAUUUUCAUUUCUUUGAGUGGCCAUAAUUUGAAAAAAUUAUUACACUUUUGUUUUAACGAGACACGUUGUCGAUAGCACCAAAAUUUGAAUUGAAAAUGUUUUUGAGUUGAAUAUUUUUGAUUUACAUACGAGUAAUAUAUUUUCAAAAGAAGUACUUUUGUUAUAUUUAUAAAGUAAAUCUGUAUUUAUUUUGUUAUUUAAAUAGGUGAUAAGUACAAUGGCUUAUAGACGCUAAGAGUCGGUGAUGCUGGAAUAGUAACAAUAUAAUCUGUUUAAUAAAUAAAUAAUACGUAAUUAUAUGGUUAUUAUGUGGUUUGUUAAAUAUUUCAAAUGUCUGUAUUUGAAUUGUUUGGGUCAUGGAAAAUGUGGUUGAUAAAUACAUAUUUUACAUUAA